AUGACGCAUGUCCUGGGCGGUGGAGAAAGCAUGAUGGCGGCGCCCGUGGAGGUGGCCGUGUGUACCGACUCGGCGGCCCAGCUGUGGAGCUGCGUCGUGUGGGAGCUGCACUCGGGCGCCAAUCUGCUCACAUACCGCGGCGGCCAGGCCGGGCCUCGCGGCCUGGCGCUGCUCAAUGGCGAGUACUUGUUGGCGGCGCAGCUGGGCAAGAACUAUAUCAGCGCCUGGGAGCUACAGAGGAAGGACCAGCUUCAGCAGAAGAUCAUGUGCCCCGGACCGGUCACCUGUCUUACCACGUCGCCCAAUGGCCUCUACGUUCUGGCAGGGAUCACAGAGAGCAUAUACCUGUGGGAGGUUUCCACGGGGAACCUUCUGGUCAUCCUGAGCCGCCACUACCAGGAUGUGUCAUGCCUACAGUUCACGGGGGACAGCAGCCACUUCGUCUCGGGGGGCAAGGACUGCCUGGUGCUGGCUUGGAGCCUCUGCAGCGUGCUGCAGGCAGACCCCUCCCGGACCCCCGCCCCCCGACACGUGUGGUCUCGCCACACCCUCCCCAUCACAGACCUGCACUGCGGCUUUGGUGGGCCCCUGGCCCGGGUGGCCACUUCCUCGCUGGACCAGACAGUGAAGCUGUGGGAGGUUUCCUCCGGUGAGCUGCUGCUGUCUGUGCUCUUCGACGUGAGCAUCAUGGCCGUGACCAUGGACCUGGCUGAGCAUCACAUGUUCUGUGGUGGUAGUGACGGCUCCAUCUUCCAGGUCGACCUCUGUACCUGGCCCGGGCAGAGAGAGAAGAGCUUCCAGCCGGAGCAGGACCACGGGAAGGUGUUCAGAGGGCACAGGAACCAGGUGACCUGCCUGUCAGUGUCCACGGAUGGCAGCGUGCUACUCUCGGGCUCCCACGACGAGACGGUGCGCCUCUGGGAUGUGCAGAGCCAGCAGUGCCUCAGGACGGUGGCUCUCAAAGGCCCCGUGACCAACGCCUGCAUCGUGCUGGCGCCCGUCAGCAUGCUGAGCUCCGACUGCAGGCCCAGCCUGCCCUUGCCGCACUUCAACAAGCACCUGCUGGGCGCGGAGCAUGGGGACGAGCCGCGCCACGGGGGCCUCACGCUGCGCCUGGGCCUCCACCAGCAGGGGUCAGAGCCCAGCUACCUGGAGCGGGCGGAACAGCUGCACGGGGUGAUGUGCAGCACGUUGGAGAAGAGCGUGCUGGGUGGCCAGGACCAGCUGCGGAUCCGCGUGGCAGAGCUGGAGGACGAGGUGCGGAACCUGCGCAAGAUCAACCGCGACCUCUUUGACUUCUCCACGCGCAUCAUCACUCGGCCGGCCAAGUGAGCGCGUGCACCCGACCCUGGCCAAGGGAGGCCCAGUGAGCGCACACACAGCCCGGACCCGUGCCCGGACCCGCACCCGGACCUGCCCUCUGGGCUCCCCCCCGAGGCCCGCGCCCAUCCUCUGCCAGCGUCCUAUCAUUUGGAUUUGCCACCCCCACCAGGGGUCGUGGUCCAGUGUUGACCCGCUGUCCUUCCGUGACCUCCCAUGUCAUGUUGGUGCUGUGCCACAUCUAACAAAAGAGCUGAAAUCCUG